CGAGAAGAAAACAAGGGAAGAAGUAAAUGAAUUAGUGGAAGCACAUCUAGAGGUUGGUCAAAAAUACCUGUAAGAGGGCCACAGUGGAUCCUGCAAGUAGACAUGAAUAAUCGCUCUAUCGCCUGGUGGCUGAGACAGAUUGAACUGCCACAGUACACCAAGACCCUAGAGAGUGAAUACUAUGGUCUGGAGGGUCUGAUGCAUGUAAUGGAUGGAGAGCUAAAGGAUGCUGGGAUAGAGGAUGCAGCGCAUAGAGAAACAAUCCUCUCUCAGCUUUCAAGAGAUCGACAGAAGCUGGACCCACUUUCUGAUUAUCAGGUUGUGAAGCGCAGAGUCAGUCGAAAAUAUUCCCUGGGAUCCUCAUCGGACCUGCCAAAGGAUCUUUUUCGUCAGAGCGUUCUUCCUCGUCUCCAUCGUGCCGACAAGAAACACCGUCUGUCCUCUUCCUGCUCUUUGCUCCACCCUCUGGACGAGGACAACGCUCUCAGUCACGAGGGCAAGCACAGCAAGAGGAAGAGUAUCAGUGCAUACUUCAGCCAUCUAAAGAUGUUUGGUGCUCGGAAAGAGAUGGACAUUCUUAAGAAGGAGCUGGAAGAGGAGCUGAAGCUGAGCACAGAUGAUCUGAGAAGCCAUGCAUGGUACCAUGGACAGCUGAGCCGGGAGGUUGCAGGGUCUCUGUUGGAGAGGGACGGGGACUUCCUGGUCCGAGACUCAACCUCUGCUCCUGGAGACUAUGUCUUAAGCUGCUUCUGGAAGAAUAGUCCGCAGCACUUUAAGAUCAUAAAAGUGGUUCUUCGACCUAAAAAGGGUUACUCCCGGGAGUUGUUCCAGUUUGAGGAAGAACGCUUCGACAACGUUCCCGCUCUGAUCCGAUUCCACGUGGGAGGGCGUCGACCCAUCUCCCAGGGUUCAGGGGCCGUCAUCUUCCACCCGAUCAAUCGGACCCUUCCUCUGCGUGUCAUCAGUGAGCGUUACAUGACGGUUAAAAGCGGCGGCGGCGGCACUCUAGGUAGAGGGGGAGAGAACCGGUCUGGGAGCAGCAAAAGAUGCAGCCUGAGCUCCUCCCAAAAGGACACGCUGCAGGCCAUCAAUCCACUGCUAAGGAGUGGAAGUCAGCCCGCUAACAUGGAGAAUGUUGGACGGAGGCCUUCGCUUCAGACUGCACAGUCAGACAGCAAUCUGCGAACUGGCGCUCCAGAUACCGCCCAACCGGAGGACGCAAACCCCGACCCCAUUUCUCCCGUAUUUCGUACAGGCAGCGAACCCCUGCUGAGUCCAAGACCACAUCACACGCGCCCCUUCCACCCAGGUGGCGGUGCAACUUUGCGAGGCUCAGACGGGCAGCUGCAUCCCAGAGCUCCUCCUAAACCCCUCAGGGUCUCCACUGUCUUCGCCAAUGCCACGCCACCUCCUCCCAGAGAGCCAGAUGAAGACCCCUCGUCAUGCUACAGCGAGCUCGUCAUACAGAUCCCUCAGUCUCAAAGGAAAGGCCAUGUGGACCGACUGCGUGCAGAGGAGAAGUGGCAAAGCCGUGCACGCCUCACAGAGACUUCCUUUGGGUUUUUGGAUGCCCAGAACACCGGGACAUCCUCACAGCUGCUGUUUGAGAAAGAGCUCCAGAGGAAAGCAGCAGAGGAAGAGAGGGACUGGCAUUUUGAAUGGCCACAUAUAGAGACAUCAUCCUGUUUCCAGUUGGACCAGUUCAAGUCGCUGCUCUUGCCAGACCACAACAGGCCUCUGGAGUCCAAUGUUCUGCUCACAAUCAAAGAGCUCUUUAGCCGUUCGGAUGCCCAAACUCUAGCUCUGCAUAUGCUCAGUGUUGACUGCCAGGUAGCGCGCAUUGUCGAUGUGACCGAUGAACAGAAGAGGAUUAUGGGAGUGAAUUCGGGACUGGAACUUGUUACUCUGCCACAUGGACACCAGUUACGACAGGAUUUGUUGGAAAGGCAUCAUCUGAUCUCCCUGGGCGUGGCAGUAGACAUUCUGGGCUGCACGGGGACCGUGAACCAGCGAGCAACUGUUUUACACAAAGUAAUUAUGUUGGCUCAGGCCCUAAAAGAAAACGUGCACAACCUUUUCUCCUUCUCGGCCGUUAUGAAAGCUCUGGAGAUGUCUCAGAUAGUGCGGCUGGACAUGACCUGGCAAGCGCUGAGGAGGAACCACACAGAGAGUGCAGUUUUGUACGAGAAGAAACUCAAGCCCUACAUGAACUCCCUGAACGAAGGAGAUGGUUCUGCAGUUCAGGGUCCGAUUGCUGUGCCUCACCUGGUUCCUCUUCUUAUGGUGAUGGAGGGGGAAGACCCCGUGGAAAACAGCGACCGGGGCUGUCAGGUGCUGUACGACGUCCUCCAGUCAGCUCGCAGCGCUGCCUUACACUCCCAGGAUUCCCAGAAACACGCACAGUCCCUGCUCACAGCAGGAGGAUGGGAGCCGGUUCCCGAGCUGCUGGAGGUUUUCCGGACGGAGUUUGCCCUGCGGCUCUUCUGGGGUCAGCAUGGGGCGGUCGCGGACAGGAAGGAGCGAUACGAGAAGUUCGACAAGAUCCUUCGUGUUCUCUCCGAUAAGCUGGAACCUGUGGAAGUCAGUCCACAACAGCCGGGCGCUUUAACCUGAACCGGGUUUCUCCAAAAGGAAGCUCAGAGUCGGACUCCCUUACCAGUGGAAAAAAGGGGAAUAACGUUGCUUUAACUGAGCCUUGAUGCGUUCAGAAACCGAGGAUAUCACAGUUAUGAGAUCUUCACCUGCUGUAGAAAGAGACUCUUUUGUAAAGUUUGUCAGAUGAUUACUUCAUUUUAACUGGAGCAUGCGAGCAGACGUCUGCUGUGAACAGGCUUAAUUAAUUGAUUUAAUUGAAUUUAUUUUCCGUUUUAUCAGGAAGCCUCAAAAGGGUUUGUCAAAAAGUGUUUUUAUUACUUGAGAUUUUAAUGGAGCGACUUGGACAUUUCCAACUGAGCUGUUGGUCCGUUCCCCCCUGGGCUGCUGUUGUAUGAGACUUCAUUUUUAUUUUAAAUAAUGUUUGUCAUUUGGGGGGGUUUGUCUUGCAAUAAAAUAUUUUACUUUGAA